AUGCUGAGGCAGCUAUUGAGAAGUAAGCCUCUUUUCUCAAGUAUUUUGAGAACAACCUAUUUCUGGAGGUGUCCAUGUACCAAGGAUGCUCAGAUAUUGACAAGAAGAACAUUUUGUAACAAAGCAGAGGCCACAAAGAAGGUUAUUCCAGGCCGUAGCACAUUCAGAAAUGACAGAAGACCUACAGCAUUUGAUAAAAAGAUUUUAUUAUGGGCAAGACGGUUUAAAAAAGAGGAGGAUAUUCCAGCUCUAGUAUCAUCUGAGGUCAUCAAAGCUGCUAGGAGCAGAUUGAGGAUCAAAAUUUGCUACAUCACAAUGGCACUGACUCUGUUAGGCUGCUUGGUCAUGAUCAUCUCUGGCAAGCAAGCUGCUAGAAGAGAUGACACGCUGCUGAGGAUGAAUACCCAGAAGAAGGCCAUGUGGAGGGCUGAAGCAGAGACAGAACGGGAGGCAGCUGCAAUGAAAGCUCAGUGAUCAAGAUGGGAUUUAUUUUAGCAGCAGGUGAUAAGUGAUUUAUACAUGUGGCAUAUGCACAUCUGUUCCCGUUAACUCUUUGGAGCUUCUUGUCACAGCAAAGAUUUCCUAUAGAAAACUGUUUACUUACGAAUUUUGAAACCCUAGUGGAAAUUCCAGCAGACUCAGUUAGAAGUCUUCUACUGAUCUUUGAGCUUUUGUGUACACCUCAGUUGGAGAGUCAGAAAUCAGUAAAUCGGCUUUUUUUCAAGCCAACAUUGGCCAGCUUGGAAUCAGCUGAAAAAAGAGGACCAGGGUGGUUCAGUGGGUUGGGUGCUAGCCUGGGACUCUGGAGACCCAGCUUCAGCUCCUUGCUUUGCUACUGCCUCCUUGCAUGACCUCAGUCAGUCACUUACUCUCUUUAUGCCUUAGUGCCUCAUCUAUGAAAUGGAAGUAAUAGCAUUUGACUACCUCACUGGG